GAUUUGUUACAUCACAUGACCUGUAGCCUAUAAAGAACAUUAACUCUGAGUCAGAACAAGAACGCGUGUGAUACAAGGCUACCUUUGUGUUUAUAUCUACGGGUAGUUACCCAGGUGUGUGUUUAUACAGGUAAAUUACCCACCAGGAAGUAUAAAUAACAAACCGAAAGUACUUCCCAGCCUGGUGAAUAUCGGGGUGGGGGCCAUGGAUUUCUUGUUCACAUACAGUUGGAGAUUAGAAGUAUAAAAGAUUCUAUUGGACUAUGGCCACGCCCAACCCCCAGGCACAAGAACUCAUCACCUGUGACCUUUGUGAUAACUCCACCCAGCAGUUCUGUAACAACUGUCAACUCAGUUUGUGUGUGGACUGUGUUAGUAAACAUGUGGACAAGCUCAAGUACCAACAACAUGACAUCGUUCAUUUCAAAGACAGAAAGUUGGAUUUUCCCGAGUGUGAAUUUCACUCCAACCAGAGAUGUGAGGCCCACUGCCAGCAAUGUGAUGUUCCAGUUUGCCUGAAAUGCAUAUUUGGUCCCCAUAAUGGACAUAAAGUCAAGGAUAUGCCAGGAAUUUUUAAUGACAAGAAAAAGAAACUUGAAAAGGAAACCAAAGAAAUUGAAUGCACCAUUAUUCCACAGUACAAGAAGAAAAAUGAAGAAACAGAAAGCAAACUAUCCAGUAUAAUGGCCGAAUUUGAUGAACUGGACAAAGAAAAAGAAAAGCACAGAAAAUCCUGGCACCAAGAAGUAGACACCAUUUUCAAUAACCUCGGUUCUUUGAUGAAGUCAAUAAAAGAGAAUCUCCUGGCUGCUCUAAACUCUCACCAAUCCAAAAUGAAAAAUCAAAUUCCAGACAUGACCCAGACAGUUAAAAAAAACAAAAAAAUUCUGAAGUCAAACAAUGUGUCUGCAGUCACUAACUACAAAUCCAAACUCGAGGAAUACAGAAACAUGCCUACUGAUAUUGAUGUCAAACUGCCAUCACUGAAAACCAACACAAUCCAAGGGAGAGAACUCAGCCUGGAAUUAGGAGAAUACAAGGCUAGCUUGACACAGACAACACUGUCCAGUCUGACAGAGGAAGUCUCCUAUUUAUCUUUACAAAAGCUGUUAGAGCAAGCCAAAUCAAUUACAACCAUUCCUACUGGAGUUAAUACUCUAUACUAUGUUGUCUGUGUGGGAGUGGAUGAAGCCUGGGUUAGUGGUGAAGAUAAAACCAUAAGACGUGUUGACAUACACGGGUCUGUACGGGACACUGUUACCACCACGUGUAAAUACUGGCCUAAUGACAUCACAGUGACCAGACAGGGAGAACUGGUAUACAGUGAUGGUCCCAAUAGAACUGUGAACAUUGUCAGACACGGGAGAACAGAGACACUGAUAACCACACCACAGGGCUGGCAUCCAGGCCAACUAUGCUGUACUAAGUCGGGGGACAUCCUGGUCAGUAUGAUUACUACUGAUUUUAGCCAACAUAAAAUUGUCCGUUAUCAGGGACACACAGUGAAUCAGGAAAUAGAUAGAGAUGAAGAUGGAGAACCAAUCUAUAAAGGAGGGAAAUACACACUGUGUGUGGUGGAGAACAACAAUGGAGACAUCGUGGCCUCUGAUACUAAUGCUGACACCGUGGUCGUGGUGAACAAGUCAGGAAGAGUCCGAUUCCGAUACGACGGUACACCAGCCAGGAGGAAGAAGUCAUUUGAUCCUAGACAUAUAGUGACAGACUCCAUGAGUCACAUCAUUGUGACAGAUUGGAACAAUGACUGUCUACACAUCCUGGAUCAGAACGGACAGUUCCUGAGAUGUGUGGACAAUUGUGGACUAGAUAAUCCUAAAGGACUGAGUGUGGACAGUGAGGGGAGGUUGUGGGUAGGGUUAUGUGAUUCAGAAGAAGUGAAAGUGAUUCAGUACAUGAAAUAAACACAUUAUAUCACAUACAGACAUCAGAUAAUGACAGAGUUCACACAGUGCUCUUGAUACAUACAUGUUUUAGUGAUAUUUACACAACAGUUUUCUAAAUCUGUUGUAUUUAUUCAAAGUUUUGUCAAGAUCAAACAUUUCUAUAGAGAACAUAAAAGUGAGUCUGUUUUUUAUCAUCUCCAUUACCGAACUCAUUUUUCUUUUGAUGACAAGAUUCUACUGACCAGCAGUCCAGUGAAAAACACACGUAAAACCACAGCAGUGCAUGUAACUGUACACAGACACGUAAAACCACAGCAGUGCAUGUAACUACACAGACACUAUAAUGUUUUAUUAGUUAUCAUCAGUCACAAAAUAUACCUUUUUUAAAACUGAAAUUGCACAAUUUAUAUUUUAUAAAAUACAGAAUAAUCCCAUUUUCUGACCUGUUUUUUCAAUAAUCCCCAGUCUGAUGAGGCAUGAGAUAAAACAUGGACUUCGGCGGAUUGUCGAAGUCCUGGAGACUGGACUCACCCAUAGUAGCUCUCCUGUUUUCUGUGAUCUGUAAAUACGAAAUACAGUUGAAUCCUCUGUGAUCUAUAAAUAUAAAGUACAGUUGAAUUGCAGCAUGAGAUUUGUAUGACAGUGUGAGAUUUGUAUGACAGUGUGAAAUUUGUAUGACAGUGUGAGAGUUGUUUUAAACGACUCUAGUUUCACACUCAUAAAAUUUUUUUUUUACCGAGAUUGGAACUUACAAUGGUCAGUGAAAAUAUUGAAAAACAAAAGGAAAUCAAAUUAAUAAUUUGUCGAGUUAUGUCAGAUAUUGUCGCAUUAAAUAUCUGGUGGUAUCACAAAUAUACUCUUAUAUCCAUCUAUAUCACUAUGUAUUUGUUAGUUUUUGGAUAUUUGUAUUUUUGUUUCAUGCAUUCUUCAUUUUCAUUAUUUGAAGUUCGUAAAUUUAUAUAGUUUGAAGUUCUUUUGCGCAUCUUGAUUGAGUUGAUUUUCUAUCUUUCAUUUCACUGAUUAAUCUGGAAUUUCCCAUUAGUUUCAAUUCACAUUGAUCUACCGUCAAAACUAUGUAAAAGCUAAAAUUAGAGGUUAACAUCACAGGGGCUCGGUUGUCAGAUAUUGAAGUUUUGUAUUAUUUGUUCCCGAAUAAUAAAUUGAAGUUUUGCAUGAUUUGUGUCCGAAUAAUAAAUUAUAUAAAUAAAAUCCACCACCAAAAUCCGCCUUUUUCGAGGUUUUAAAAAAGGUGUAUCAUGUGUACAUUAAAAAAAGUAAACCUCGAAAAAAGCGGAUUUUUUCCGAGCCCCUGUGGGCGAAGCCCCCGGAAGCUCCGGGAUUUUACAGAUUUAUAGGGCUUGAAAUAUGCCCCCUAUUCAGUCAUUUGUACUCUUUUCUAUAAUUUUUUAUAAGGUGAAAUUAAUAAAAUGUUGCAAUUUUAAGGGUUUUUGAAAAAAAUUAAGUUUUCCCAAUAAAGUAAUUCAAGAAAUCAAAA